AUGUGAAUAGAUACGGGCAUGGACCAUAUUCAAUUUUCCACCGCAUAACAUGCUACGAUAGUUCGCUCGAGAAAUGUACAGUGAUAGUGCUUUAUAUUGGUACUUUAUGUGCUCGGAAUGCUUGUUGAGUUCAGUUUGUUUAUAGAAAAGUUUAAUAUACGUUCUCGGUGACAUAAAAAGUUCCUUCUUUUGUUAUCCCCCAACAACUCGGAUUAUUGGUGUUACAAAGUAUGCAAUGUAAUAGCGAAUGUUUAUGGAAAGUCGAAGGGAUGUUUUUAUUGUCUGCUUUAUCACGCUGAGUGCGGUAGUAUACGAGAAUUUAUUCUAAAUAAAUUAUAUAUAAUUUGUAUGAACGUUGUUAACAGUGAUUGAUGACAAGCUAAAUGACUCGAUUUUUUUUUGGUGAAUCGAAAAGGCUAUUUAAGUGUUCCGGAAGGGAUGUGUACACUGUAAUUAAUGAUUUAAUGUACUUACUUUGUUGAUUGCAUUUCGAAUGUACUCGUAGAAUGUUUUUCAUCAAAUUUCAAUAAAAAAAACCUAAACUCAAAGUGAAAUAAAAUCGAUUGUAAAGUUACGGUAUGACCAUCGACCAUUUCGUGGCUAUGAAACAAAAAUAUCAAAUUUACGAAAAAGAUAAAGUUCAUGAAACAUAGUGGUAUAGUACGUGAUAAAAAUAUGUGAUUACGUAAAACUUUGCGGUUCUUUAUCAUUGUGCAAUAUCGAAGCAUGAUGUACAAAACCGAUGGAUUAUCAUUCUUGAUUUUUCUCAUCAGUCUCCAAUCAUUUUAUGAAAUGAAACUCGCUGAAGGCGCAGACGACCAAAAAAAUUAUCAUAACAUGUCGCUGCAUCCAUACUUCGACUUUGAUGUGCCACGUAACGUUACAGCGAGAGUUGGUCAAACAGCGUUCUUACAUUGUAGAGUGGAACAAUUAGGUGAUAAAUCGGUUUCCUGGAUUAGAAAAAGGGAUCUACACAUUCUCACUGCUGGCAUUUUAACCUAUACAUCAGACGAAAGAUUCCAGGUCAUCCGGCCAGAGAAUUCAGACAACUGGACUCUACAGAUAAAGUUCGCUCAAAUUCGAGACGCAGGUGUAUACGAGUGUCAGGUGAAUGUUGAGCCAAAGUUGUCCAUGGCUUUCCGGUUGAAUGUCGUCGAAGCAAAAGCUGCGAUUCAGGGUCCGCCCGAUUAUUAUGUAAAAAUUGGCAGCAGCGUUAAUUUAGACUGUGCAGUGAGUCAAGGUCCCCAUGAAUUGGGCUCAAUUUUCUGGCAUAAGGGAUCUGUUGUUCUAGACGCGCGGCAUCCAAACGAUGCAAUCUACGAUCAACCGAAUCGUGUUUACAUCGACACCGAACGGACAGAUAUAUUGCGAUCAAGGUUAAGGAUUGUUGAUGCGAAGUUAUCGGACUCCGGUAAUUACUCAUGCCACUACAGCACUGCAACAGAAGGUGACAGUGUGAUGGUUCAUGUAAUAAAUGGCGAACAUCCCGCUGCGAUGCAACGAGGCUGUGCUAGUAAUAUAGAAUUUCCAAUUUUAGUGUGCAUUUGUUCAUCAUUGACAAUUAUACUGCAUAGCUUAGAUUCGAUUUAUACCAUUGUACCACUAAUGGCAUCGAUUGCUGCAAAAGCUGCAAUAUCAUUUCGCCAAUUUAACAAAUAUUACCAAAAUUUAAGAUGAAAAUUUUUUUAUUUUCAAUUUUCUAGGACAUUAAAACAAACAAAAAAAAUUCAAAUAAAAAGUGAGGACUUAUUUAACAAACAAAACCUGGAAAAUUAAACAUCCCGCGAAUGAAAUCUAUAAACAUGAGAAAAUCCUAAUAUAGUGUAGGCACAGGCACAUUCUGGCACAUUAAUAAAAAUAUAAAAGAGAAAAGAAAAUAAAAAAACAUAAAAGAAGUAACAAUAUAGAAAUGUAAAUAAACCAUAAAUCUAAGAGUUUAUAUUAUCAGGUAUGCCACCGUAUACACAAACACACACACCUACUUAAAUGUACGAAUUUCCCGGUCUUUCUUAUUUUUAUUGCGUUUUCUUCUACAACAAACAUUAUUCUCAUAUUUUACACUUUUCGAGUGAAAAUAAAGAAUAAAAUUUAUCUGUUAAUGGGUUCCUCAUUCCGAAAGAAUGCGCCUUCGAAUCCUUUUAUGAUUAUUUUCUUCUUCUUCCUCUACAUUUUUUUCUUACUCUGGUUGUAUCUUUAAAUUUUCAUUUAUUUUCUUAACUGCAUUCUACAUUCUAUGGGAGGCUGAUAAACUCUUUAGAAGCUCUACUUUCCUUAUGCGGAACUGUUUAAGUUGUUUUCUAUCGAGGCGUGGCUGGUAGUUCGAAAUUUUAUAUAGUGUGGUAUUAUGUGAUGCCAAAAGAGAAGAGAUGGGGGAAAAAAUCGGUUAUCAAACGGGAAAUGAUGAUAAAUGAUGGCAUUAAAGUCCAAAAAGGCUAUAAAACAUGAAUGCAAACUAGUCAGUUAUCAGGAAGGGCAUUUUCGGUUUAAUAUAAUAAAAAAUUAAUGUACUCAUAUGAUGAUGUUGAUGAAUCGGCGGCUACAGAGCCUGUUAUUUGUGUGUAUUUUAUGGCAUGGUGUUCGGAUAUUGUUACUGAAAACUUUUUACAUUAAUCUGAAAACAAUAAUUUGGUGAAGAUUCCCAACAGACCCUUUACGGUGGGAGAUGUUCAAGUUGUUCGAAUUUUCCGUACAUUUAAAAUUGAAAGUGAUGGCCCCGAGAAAAAAAAAUUGGAAAUUUUUUGAAAAUAAUUUUGAUUUUAUUACCGGAGUAAAUUUCAACCAUAUAACCGUCACGAGUUCGCUGGAAUUAUAAUGUAGAGUAAAACAAGGAAGUGCUGAGGAGGUCGCUGUGCUUUCGGCGGAAUAAAUUAAAGCAAAAACUUGUUAAUAAAAUGUUUGAAAGCUUUGCUAGUGUGUUGUCUGUGGCACACAAAUAAUUUUAUUACAAAGGUUGAUAGGUAGAGAGAUGGAAAAAGGAGGCGUUGUGGCGAUGAUGUUGUUUUGUAAUAAGAUUCACCCAGAAGAAUUAAUGAGUUGUGUACUAACUUGACGUUGUCAAGUUAAUUAUUCAUAUAAAAGGAAAUGCCACAUUGAAGUCGCUUAGUUUUGCCGGGAAUAUUCUAUAUUUGUUUCGAUAAUGUGGUUUAUGCUGUUGAGAAGUUCUUUGGUUGGAACUGGAGAAUAAUAAAUAAAUUGUAGAACGAUGUGUAUAAAACUAAAGUCUAACUUCAUCUAAUAUUUAUAUUCCAUAACUGAGUUUGGUGGUAUCAACAAGGUGGUAUUGAUGCUGUACACACGCAUAAUUCAUGUGAAUAAAAUUAUGUAACAUUUACGUUAAAUGAAUUCAUAAUAUAGAGGUCAUAUACAAGUAAAUUAUAACAUAUAAAGUAAUAGUAGCAGGUAAGAGCUUCAUUUUGCUUAAAUAAAAUUUACCAUAAUACCGUGCGAAGAUCAACAUUUGUUUUAAUUUUUUCAUACUCAGGGCCGAGAGAUGUUAUUGUUUCCGUUGCAAAAAUGCUAAAUUUCAAAUGAAAGCUCAGUUGUUUUAUCUAGUAUUUCGAUCUAUCAAUUUUAAGUAUAAAAAAAACUAAAAAAAAACGUAAAUGUUAAGAUAAAAUAAAGAAAAAUCUGCAUAAAUUAAAUUUCUUUCCAUCCCAUGUACGUUGUGAAAACCGUCGCUAAAAUAUAGCUCAACUAAUAGGAGAUUCAUCAAUUUCUUGA